GUCAAAAGAGUUACAUUACAUCUUCAUAUCUUAUAUCUCUUCUUUUUCUUUCUUUUUCUUUUCACUUCACAUUCACACACAAACACACACUCAUGUCAACACUAAACCAUCUUUUUGAUCUUCCAGAACAGAUAUAUUACGUACAAUGCGGAUUCUGCAACACCAUUUUAAUGGUAAGUGUUCCAUGCAGCAGUUUAUCAAUGGUGGUGACAGUAAGAUGUGGUCACUGCACAAGUCUCUUAUCUGUAAAUAUGAUGAAAGCUUCUUUUGUUCCUUUGCACCUUUUAGCAUCUCUUACUCAUCUCGAGAUGCCAAAAGAAAGUAAUAGUCCAGAUGAAGAUACAAACAAGGGUUUCAUAACUUUUUCUGAUUGUGAAGAUGAUGAUAUAAUUCCAAUCACCAACGUAGUCAAUAAACCACCAGAGAAGAGACAAAGAACACCAUCAGCUUAUAAUCGAUUCAUCAAAGAAGAGAUUAGAAGGCUAAAAUCUCAACACCCUGAUAUGGCUCACAAGGAAGCUUUCAGCACAGCUGCAAAAAAUUGGGCCAAUUGCCCUCAAUUACAGUUCAAAGGAGAUGAAGAGAGUUGUAACCUGACAGAUCAGCUUGUGGAUCUUGACUCUCAAGUGGACCCUAAUGAUGCUGAGGUGAAUAUUGAAGAAGAACAAGGUUUCCGUGGAAGAAAGGUAGCAAGAAAUUCCAUAUUGGAAAGGACACCAUUUGAGUGAAUUAAUAAUAAAGCUCUUUAAUCGGAAUAUAUGACAAGGAAGAAAGCUGCUACUGUUUGCUGUUUAAUGCAUGCAUCAAAUGAAAGUCAUUUUCAUUCUGAAAAAAUAAGAAAGGAAAAGAAAAAGGUGCUCUUGUCUUGGUAAUGAAAGAGAAUUAAGUAGGUUUCAUUGACAGGUGGUCAUUUGUGACAUUUUGUUUAAUAAUUGACACUUUUAUGCGACACUUUUUAUAUGUUUACUCCAUCUAUCAGUUAAAACUUA